AUGGCGCAAAUUGUAGCAACCAAAAUGGCCUCUGAUCGGUUCCUAAUGGCAACACUCUUCGUGCUAGCCUUAGUCAUAUCUUCAUCAGAAGCAGCCACCAAAAGCCGAUUCCGAAAGCUCAAAGAGACCAACUUGGUGUUCUACAUGCACGACUAUGCCACCGGCCGCAACGCUACGGUGCUCAACAUAGCCGGACCCGCGAACCAUUUCGACAUCUUAAAGUUCGGAACCAUGGUCGCGAUCGACGACAAGCUAACUGAGGCCUACGACUGGGACUCACCGCAGGUUGGGAGGGCUCGCGGAGUCUACGCCAACUCCGCAGUGGAGGGCAACGAUCUGUAUCUGUCGAUGUCGCUGGUUUUCACCAACAGGGAAUACAACGGAAGUACCCUGCAGAUACAAGGUUCUGAUAGGUUUUUCAUCAAGUACAGGGAGCUAUCGGUGAUGUCUGGGACGGGCAAGUUCCGAAUGGCUCGGGGUUUUGCCAUUUUAGAAACAAUGCUCCUCGACUUGCCAACCUUGAAUGCUAUCCUUAGGUGCAACGUGACUGUUUUUCACAACUGA